AUGAGCCACGUGUUGUAUAAACUGUGUCUCUACUUGUUCAUCCCCAUUACACUCACUGUGUUGAGGCCCACUCAAUCACAAUUGGAAGAGAAGACCACUCAACCAGUGUUGUUUGGCAGUGAAACUGCAGAACUGCAGGAUCAUAUCCUCCUCAAUCUUGGUGAUGGACUCAAGUUAACAUGCGACACCAAUCGAUCUGUGAACAUCAACUGGUACAAAGAAGACAAGCAAAUCCUAACCGAUGACAGGGUGCAUGUAGCCCGGAAGAUCCUGGAAAUUGUAGAGACGAUAUAUGAUGAUUCUGGCCUAUACCUUUGUGUGGUACGCGGAACAGGCGAGAUUCUAAGGAAUUUCACAGUGACUGUUGCUGAUUCAUUGUCCUCUGGUGAUGAUGAUGAAGAUGGUGGAUCUGAAGAUUCAGCUCCAGAAUCCAAUGAUGGCCAUGCUUAUCCUCAGAAAGGAACUCCUUACUGGACACACUUUGAGCGCAUGGAAAAGCACCUGCAUGUGGUUCCAGCUGCGAACACAGUGAAAUUUCGCUGCCCAGCUGCCGGAAAUCCCAUUCCCACCAUACGCUGGCUGAAGAAUGGCAGGGAGUUCAGGGGAGAGCAGCGGAUUGGAGGCAUUAAGCUACGCCAUCAGCGUUGGAGCUUGGUGAUGGAGAGUGUUGUACCAUCUGACCGUGGCAACUAUACCUGUGUGGUGGAGAACAAGUAUGGCAGCAUCAAUCACAGUUACCAACUGGAGGUGUUGGAAAGGUCUCCUCAUCGGCCUAUCCUGCAGGUUGGGCUGCCAGCUAACAAAUCUGUGGUGGUGGGAAGCAAUGUAGAAUUCCACUGCAGAGUUUUCAGUGAUGCUCAACCUCACAUUCAGUGGCUAAAACAUGUGGAGGUGAACGGCAGUAAAUAUGGGCCAGAUGAGGUCCCUUACGUCCAGGUUUUAAAGACUGCUGAUAUUAACAGCACUGAAAUUGAAGUCCUCUACCUCCAUAAUGUCACAUUUGAGGAUGCAGGAAAGUACACCUGCUUGGCAGGCAAUUCAAUUGGGAUCUCUUACCAUUCAGCAUGGCUAACAGUUUUGCCAGAAGAAGAACCCCUGAAAACAGCUGACUCCUCUGGGGCCAAAUACACUGAUAUCUUAAUUUACGCUGCUACCUCUCUGGCCAUCAUCUUGUCAGUGGUCAUUGUUAUAUUAUGCAGGAUGCAGGCAAGGUCCACCAAGAGGGCUUUUGACCCACUCCCUGUGCAGAAACUCUCCAAGUUCCCUUUCAAAAGACAGUUUUCUCGAGAAUCAAACUCUUCAAUGAAGUCCAAUGCCUCUCUGGUGAGGGUGGCAAGGCUAUCUUCCAGUGGCACACUCAUGUUGGCAGGUGUUGUGGAGUUUGAGCUACCAAUGGAUCCAAAAUGGGAAUUCCAUCGAGAUAAACUCGUACUGGGGAAACCUCUCGGAGAGGGUUGCUUUGGACAGGUGGUUAAAGCAGAAGCCUACGGGAUUGAUAAGGACAAUCCAGAUAAACCAGUUACUGUGGCUGUGAAAUCACUGAAAGAUGAUGCUACAGAAAAAGACCUGGCAGAUCUUAUCUCUGAGAUGGAAAUGAUGAAGAUGAUGGAUAAGCAUAAAAAUAUCAUUAACUUGCUGGGUGCCUGCACACAGGAUGGCUUGCUGUAUGUAAUAGUGGAGUAUGCAGCGAAAGGUAAUUUACGGGAAUACCUCAGGGCCAGGCGACCACCUGGUAUGGAUUACAACUUUCACAUUACAAAGGUGCCUGAAGAACAGUUAACAUUUAAAGAUCUGGUGUCCAGUGCCUACCAAGUGGCACGGGGCAUGGAAUAUUUGGCAUCUAAGAAGUGUAUCCAUCGUGAUUUGGCAGCCAGGAAUGUGUUGGUAACUGAAGACAAUGUCAUGAAAAUUGCAGACUUUGGUCUGGCACGAGGUGUGAACAACAUUGAUUACUACAAGAAAACCACCAAUGGUCGCUUGCCAGUAAAGUGGAUGGCGCCAGAGGCCUUGUUUGACAGAGUGUACACACACCAAAGUGAUGUAUGGUCAUUUGGGGUCUUGAUGUGGGAGAUCUUCACACUUGGUGGCUCUCCCUAUCCCGGUAUCCCUGUGGAGGAGCUCUUCAAACUUCUCAAGGAGGGCCAUCGAAUGGACAAGCCAUCCAACUGUACACAUGAGCUGUAUUUGCUGAUGAGGGAGUGCUGGCAUGCAGUGGCUUCUCAGAGACCAACAUUCAAACAGCUGGUGGCAGAACUUGACAAAGUCUUGACUUCAAUAUCAGAUGAGUAUUUGGACCUCUCCACUCCUUUUGAGCAGUAUUCUCCCUUGUGUGAAGACAGCAACAGUACAUGCUCUUCGAAUGACUCUGUCUUUGCCCAUGAGCCUUUGUCUGAUGACCCUUGCUUACUCAACUAUCAUGACUGUAACGCUAGAAUCAGGACUUGAGAGAUAUGUCAUUCUGCAACUCUUGGCUCAACAAUGCUACUUUCCCCAGGUGGUACUUUGGGGGUGGUUCAAAACUGGAUAGAAAUGGAAUUUCGUUAAGACUUGCUUCUUCCUGAAAGAUAUGAAAUAUCUCUUGCAGAAGAAAAUCCUCUCACACAGCGUGGCUAUGUAAAACUAUUAUAAUCGUCUUUGAUUCUGACUUUUCAAAAUUCUUGCCAUCUGACAUUGAUAAUUUUGACAAUGAAAGCCAUAUUUGAAUGGAGGGAAGCUCUGUGUGUUCAUGCAUGGGGAAGCAGUAGAACUCUCUAUCAACGGAGCUCUGUGCUUUACCCUUUAUGGUGAUCUUGAGCUUUGAUUUUGAGCUUUGCUUCAAGACAUUAACAAAAGACUUGCUGCAUCCCAGCACGAUGACCUAUGCCAGUGAAGAAGUAUAAACUUAGCUACAUCAGAGACAAGUAAAGAAUUUACCUGGAAUAGGAAAUACACCUAGGCUAGAAGAACAAUCUGAAAAGCAAUUAAGAUCAAGAAUUGUCCACUUGC